UAGUCUGUGUAGUUUCAUAGUUGUCAAUUCAAUAUUUAAUUGCGCUUCGUACGCCUUGAAGCGUUUUAUAUAAAUAAAAUAAAUAGUUUAUAGUUUUUAAUAAUUUUAUCAUUAUGGAUGUCUUUUUAAUGAUUAGGCGAAAAAAAUUGACCAUCUUCACAGAUGCGAAGGAUACUACGACUGUUUUAGAAUUGAAGAAAAUGAUAGAAGGUAUCCUGAAAGUACCACCCCCAAGUCAGAUGCUAUUCAACAAGGACAGUCAGCUAAUGGAAGAUGAAAAGACCCUCGCAGAGUAUGGACUAACUUCGGCCACGGCUAAGGCUCAGUGCCCUGCUCCGAUUGGAUUGGCUUUACGAAAAGAAAAUGGUGAAUUUGAGACUUUGGAACUGACACAGUACUCUACACCACCUGAUCUACCUGACGUGAUGAAAUCUCAGGAGACUAAUGGACAGGAACAGAUGGAUCAGCACUAAGCGACUCGGCGAAUACUCAAACAAUAGAUACGAAUACCAACCGAGUAUCGAAUCGAUUUCUUAGUUCAUAAUUUUGAACUAGUCCGCCCACACCGCCGGGCGAUAUUUACUGAUUUUUGCAUACGAAAAUAUUUUGUUAACAGUUUAUCCAUAAUUUGUUCUGAAUUUAACAAGUUAAUCCGGGUCUCAGCUGGUUUUAAAUAGUGAAAAUUUAUUUAGAAGGGAGCUACAACUCGCUACUAACACUCGUUUGUAUUUAAUGUCCCACGAUGAUAUACGGACGUUAGUUUUUUUUUUUAUAAUUUGUUAGUAUUUUGUGACGCUUCAUUCAUAUAGUUUGUAAUAUUCAAUGAAACAGGUAAUUUUAAUUCAUAAGUCCCGGUACGCUAAGACAGAGAGCGGCUUCAUUGUGGUAUAUCUUUAUAAUAGAGGGUGAGAAUUUAAUGCGUAAAAAAGGGUCAGACAAGGACAGAAUACCUACUAGCGUAAAUAAAAAGUGCUAUUAUUGAAAGUAAAAAACGUGCAAUCGUUUCGAAGGUGCAAUAAUUUCCACCUUAGUGCCGCUGAUGUCUUUCCGUUACUGGGCGAUUAUCGUGAUAAUUGUAUUUAUUGCAACGUUGUGUUGCGUCGUCUGUAUAUUGUAGGAAUACUGUCACUGUUCGAUCUUAUAUAUCAAUUGACUGUCCUAGCGGGAAUUACUUGGAUUGUUUUUCAAUUAAUAGAAUAUUAAUACAUUCAGAACACUUCAAGUUCUGAUCUUCUCGAUCUGUAUAUUAUGUUGAUUAUUUUUUUUAAGCUUAAAUUUUGGGUUUUUUUUUCGUACUUUUUAAACUAAUUCUUUCAACUAAUAUGUAAUUUUUAAUCGAAACCAAUUGUUGUCACAGCUUGAUGCUUAACUACAACCAUUUUAAAUCCUAAUAAGGCAUCUUAAAUUAAGGCGUAUUAUAAUAUAAAUAUCUGUCAUGUUAUCAUUAAAAUACACAUAACCUUAUAAUCUAUUUGUCACAUACAUUCCAUAUAACAAAUGAUAGACAUUGGAACCAACCUUUGUCACCAAUAUCUUAUUUAAUUUAGGGACUGGCAAUGUUAUAAUAGGGAUAUAAUGUAAAAACAAAACCUUUUUUGUUAUUAAUAGUAUAAUGUCAUGUGAUAAAACAAUUUAUAAAUGGACUUUAAAUUGUCUCGUUUUGAACGUUGGUCACAGUUGGCAAUUAUAACUUUGAAAUGUUUUCUUAAAAUUAAUUGUAUGAUGACAGAUAGAUUAUAUAUAACGCAAAAUACAUAGUAAAAUAUUAGUCUAGUAACUUAAAAAUAACAGCUGUUGAAAUAUAGAACACGAAGACACGCUUUUAUCUAUUUAUAAAACAAGACUGUCGUGAAUGCGUCGUGUCCUCUGAGUAUUGACUAUUGCUAUUAUUUUUAUUCGAAUCGUAGUUGUUUUGUAUUUUAAAUGUUUUUUUUUUAACAUUGCAACACUGGGUACUGAGUCAAAGAAGAUGCGACGGGUUAAUGAAGGAUCACGCAAACAUCGUAUGGAUUAAAAAAAAAAUGCGGUAUUUAUCUGAUGAUAGAUUAGUAUUGACUAUAGAUAAUAGCUAAUUUAAUAGGGUAAUAUAGGGGCUUUUUAUAUACUAGAAUCGAGGAUGUUCUCAGAUCUAUGUAAACAUUCUUUGUUGUUGUGAUUCGUUUAAAUGAAAUUUUAAUGUCGAUGGUUCCUGAAUUUUUUUAUGUUGAACGUUCUCUUUUUGCUUCUACUUGAAUUUAAUUAGUUUUUUUUUUCUUCGCAACUUUUUAAAGCUUUGUAUAUUUUGUAGCACACAUACAAUAUGUCUAGAUGUAUUGGUCAGUGCUCAACCCACCAAGAGAUGGCGCUUAAGAGAUAUUAUCACUCAGAAAUAUAAGUUUUAAUGUAUUUUUUUUUCAUGCAAUUUACAUUAAAUAUGUUUCACCGUCUAUUCAUUCUGAACAUUUCGAAUUGUAAUUAAUAUCAUUUUAGGAACACUCCUUUUGUAGACACGUCAAUUUUCAUAUGUAGCUAGCUAAUGAUUAGCUUAAACAUUUUGAAAAAAUAUUCGUUACCAAAUAAAUUCUUCAUUCAAAUUUAAAAUUUAAAUAAGUUGAGAUUCAAAUGCACUCCUUUGCACUAUAAUAUGGCUUCAUUAAAAGAAAUGUAAAGUUAGAUGGAGUUUCGUAACAUUCUAUAAAAAAGCUGUCCUAAAUCUUUGAUAUAUGAUAAGUCUAAAAGUAUAACCACAUUUACAUAAUAACUUAGUUGAAGUUCCAAGUACAUUGAUAUCAUCACUGAAACUAUACAAUGUUGUAAAAUUAAGUAUUAAUUAAUAUUUCGAACUGAUACUAGUAUAAAAUAAAGUGAAUAUGCUUCUACAGCAUAUUUUACAACAACUAAUUAUAUAUUAAAAUUAUAAAACUUUUGUACUUAUCAUAUUUCGAAGUAAAUAAUUAUUUGUAUUGAAAUUUAUUUGAAACAUUUUUUUUUUAUUUGCUGAAUUUAUUAAAUCUACUGUGAUGGUAGUAUACAGCAAUAAACAAUUUAUGUCUCGGAAUAAUACAAUUUGUCUUGAAAUUUCCAUUUUAUAUACGAUAUAGAACAAAUUGUAAAGCAGUUACAAUAUACUUAAUAGUGUAACUAGCGAUGAGACUUCAUAUAACUAAUGUAGUGUGCAAGUAUGGGAAUCGAAAACGAACCAGCAGAAAAUAAAGCUGUUUUGAUUUGU